GUUUUACUGCUUUCUUAUUUAAGGGCGGCCGAUGCAUUCAUUUGUGGUUGGGCUCUCUUUUUUCUAUUGCAUUUUUCGGAACCUUGGCAUAUGCACAAUGGGUUUUUCCUCCCUUCCCCUGCAAUAAUGAGGGUGUCAGAGAUUUCUGUUAUCUUCUCUGCAGUUCUCUUCUCUUUUAAUGGAAUAAAAAGUCAUGGUGGCACACUGAUUCACUCUGCGUGAACCAUUGGGAGAGUUCAGUAGUUGAAAAAAAAAUUUGACUAGCACUCUCUCUCUCUCUCUCUCUCUCUCUCUCUCGCGUGAAAUAGAGCCGUUUGAGCAGAGUAAAGGUCUUUUUCUUCCUUUUUUUGUGCGGCCUAUUUUCGUUUUUCUGGUUAUUGGCUCCAUUUCCCAACAGUGGUAUAAGUUCUGUUGCUUUUGUGGCUACAGUUUGUGUGUUCUCCCCCUUUUCUUUAAAUCCUUUUCCGCUCGGUAGGAUUAUUUUGGGAUUAAAAUAGUGGGGUUUUUUUUUCCCCUUUUCUUUUGUUAUUUGGUUCUUGCUGUGAGCCUGUGAGUGUGAGGUAUAGUUUUGGAGAUCAGAGGAGGGCUUUUUUUUCUUUUCCUCUAAUUUUCCCCCUUUGUCUGCUUCAAAGUUUCUAAGGUUUUGGUAGGGGCUGUGGGUGUUUUGAGCGCCUUUUCUUUGUGGUGCAAAGGUUCUGGAUAUAUUUGGUUCAGAGUGGGAGGUUUGUUGUAGCUCUGUUGUGCUUCUUGACGAACCCUGUGGGAUCCAGAGGAGGAUUUUGGAGACCUGGGGAAGAGAGAAGAGGUUUCUUGUUUGGUGGUAUGAGAAAGCCCUUCUUUUCAGACUCGUGUAAGGAGACCCAACUGCAUGCCCUUAACCCUCAGUCAUGGCUUCAGGUUGAGAGGGGGAAGCUUGCCAAGCUCGCUUCGUAUUCCUGCAAUGAACCUCUCGUCAAGGUAGCAGAACCACCGAUCCUUCCACAUUUUAAGCCACUCGAUUAUGUUGAGAUCCUAGCUCAGAUUCACGAAGAGCUCGAGAAUUCUGACGUCCAUGACAAGGCAAGCCUCUAUUUGUUGCAGUUUCAUGUGUUUCGGGGUCUUGGGGAGGUGAAAUUGCUUCGCCGAAGCCUCAGGUCUGCUUGGCUGAACGCCAGCACCAUACACGAGCGGCUGGUUUUUGGUGCAUGGUUGAAGUAUGAAAAGCAAGGAGAAGAAUUGAUCGCUGAUUUGCUUGCCUCUUGUGGCAAAUGUACUCAAGAGUUUGGUUAUUUGGACAUUGCGUCUUCGCAACUUGAUUUUGGGGCUCAGGGUUCUCAAGACAUAAAGACCGGAGAUUAUAACACUAUAGGCCUUUCUGAUUAUGUGAUAUUCAAGAUAGGAGAUGAUAAGGUAGAGUGUGAUCGCCAAAAGAUGGCAGCUCUAUCUAUUCCUUUCCGGACGAUGCUCAAUGGAUGUUUCACGGAAUCAUCACAGGAAGAAAUUGAUCUAUCUGAGAAUGGGAUCUCUCCGUUGAGUAUGAGGGCAAUAAGUGAAUUUAGCCAGACCAAUGAGUUGAAGGAUUUGCCUGCAGAAUCAAUACUUGAAAUAUUGAGCUUUGCAAACAAGUUUUGUUGUGAAAAGCUUAAAGAUGUUUGUGAUCGGAAGCUUGCAGCUAUGGUUUGCAGCAGGCAGGACGCAGUCAACCUUAUGGAGUAUGCUUUGCAUGAAAACUCCCCAGUAACUGCUGCUUCCUGUCUACAAGUGUUUCUACAUGAUCUUCCAGACUGCUUGAAUGAUGAACAGGUUACUAGCAUCUUUUGUAAUGUCGAUGCUCAUCAAAGAGCACUUAUGGUUGGUCAUGCCUCAUUUUCUCUCUUCUGUUUUCUUAGUGAGGUUGCAAUGAACAGCCACCCAGCUUCAGAUUUUACAAUUAGCUUCCUGGAAAGACUAGUGGAGUGUGCAAGCGAUAUUAGGCAGAAACAAUUGGCACUUCAUCAACUUGCAUGCAUGCGACUGUUAAGAAAAGAAUAUGACAAAUCAAGGCAGCUAUUUGAUGCAGCUUACCAAGCGGGGCAUGUUUAUUCGAUUGCUGGCUUGGCUAGAGUCACUUGUAAACGGGAAAAUCAAGUUUCAGCAUACGAGAAGAUCAGCUCAGCAAUUGAUUCGCAUAACCCUCUGGGGUGGAUGUAUCAGGAACGGUCUCUAUACUGUGAUAGUGAAAAAAGGUGGCAGGAUCUGGAAAAAGCGACAGAAUUGGACCCGACUCUUGUUUACCCUUACAUGUAUCGAGCUGCCAUUCUCAUGAGAGAAGAAAACAUGCAGGCGGCAUUAACGGAAAUAAAUCGCGUUCUUGGAUUCAAAUUGUCCUUGGAAUGCUUGGAGCUUCGGUUUUGCUUCUAUCUCUUGAUUGAGGAUUACAGAUCUGCACUGUCAGAUAUUCAGGCAAUUCUUACUUUGAAUCCCCAAUACAGGAUGUUUCAGGGUCGUGUGGCAGCUUCCCAGCUGCACACCCUUGUUCAAGAGCAUGUCAGGCCUUGGACGAUGGCUGAUUGUUGGUUGCAACUUUAUGAACGAUGGUCCUCGGUUGAUGAUAUCGGUUCCUUAUCUGUAAUAUACCAGAUGCUUGAAUCUGAUCCCGUGAAAGGGGUGUUAUAUUUCAGACAAUCUUUGCUUCUGCUUAGACUGAACUGUCCAGAAGCAGCUAUGAGGAGUCUCCAAUUAGCACGUCAGCAUGCAGCCACUGAGCCCGAGCGUCUUGUUUAUGAGGGUUGGAUUUUGUAUGACACAGGGCAUUGUGAGGAAGGACUUCGCAAGGCAGAGGAAUCACUUAAUCUUCAGAGGUCAUUUGAAGCAUUCUUUCUCAAGGCAUAUGCCUUGGCAGAUUCUAGUCCUGAUCCUUCAUAUUCCAUGAAAGUUAUAUCUCUUCUUGAAGAUGCUUUGAAGUGCCCUUCAGACAGGCUUCGUAAAGGACAGGCCCUUAACAAUCUAGGCAGCGUAUACGUGGAGUGUAGAAAGCUGGAUAUGGCUGCUGAUUGUUAUAUAAACGCCCUCAAGAUCCGCCAUACCCGAGCUCACCAAGGUCUUGCUCGUGUACAUUACCUUAAUAACAACAGAGAAGCAGCAUAUGAGGAAAUGACGAAGUUGAUUGAGAAGGCUAAGAACAAUGCUUCAGCAUAUGAGAAAAGGUCUGAGUAUUGUGAUCGUGAUCUGACGAAAGAGGACUUGAAAAUGGUUACUCAGUUGGACCCUUUGCGUGUAUACCCAUACAGAUAUAGGGCUGCAGUGUUAAUGGACAACCAUGAAGAGAAGGAAGCGAUUGCUGAGUUGACAAAGGCAAUCGCAUUCAAAGCGGAUCUUCAUCUCUUGCACUUGCGUGCCGCCUUCCAUGAGAGCAUCGGCGACGUCUCCGGAGCGCUCCGUGACUGCAGGGCAGCGCUCUCUUUGGACCCAAAUCACCCAGAGAUUAUGGAGCUCCACUGCCGCGUGCACAGUCAGGAGCCAUGAAAAGUCUGCCUGCCCCCCAACAUCCCCAUGUAGUGUAAUUAUGUACACAAGCUGAAAAAGAGAAAAAAUAACAUCUAAUUUUGAUGUAUGUAAGCAAUUCAUGGAUACUUUCGGUAUCCCUGUUUUUCAUAUUCAUUUUGGUGAAAUAUUAGGCUUACCCUGUUAAUAUGAAA